GACUGCUGUGAUCCAGUAUCCGUGUUUUGGCUGCAUUGUAACCUAACAGCCAUUUAGCCCCACUGUGCUGUUUGUCUGUCUGUUGCUGUCUGCGUGUCUUUUACCCGGGAUAACGUCUAUGUGGAAACUCUGGGAAUAUCACACCUGAUCAUGGAAUACCUGGAAUUAGUCUAACUUCCACCCAGGACCGAGCAGUGACUCCAGAAUGUCGGUGUUUCCCGCUGUUUGCCCGUUUUCUCCGGGAUGUGACCGUGUGAUGGCUGCGGUCCAGUGAACUGGGAGCACGUUGACUGACUGCUCUGCCUGCUCAACCCACCAGUUUGUUAGCUUCUCUGAACUGGUUGAACUGGGAUUACUGGAACCUAUGGAGUGCACAUGAAAGCUUGUCGGAACGGGAUUACACACGGGCUCCACUCACUGUGACUGUCUGACAGACCAGGCCUGAGGGGCACUUUAGCUGUGGACGCACACAUUAUCAGGAGGAGAUGUGGGGAGCAGGGAGGAGGCGCGGGGUCCUACCCUGAGGAGGCGUCCUGCGGCUGGGAGGAGCACGGCCCUCCUGCAGCCCUCCUGCGGCGCUCCGGGACGCUCCUACUAAGAUGUCCCUCAGCAGCGGCCCUGCAGGCGGGAAAGGUGUGGACUCCAACGCGGUGGACACAUACGACAGCGGCGAUGAGUGGGAUAUCGGUGUUGGGAAUCUGAUCAUUGACCUGGAUGCCGACUUGGAGAAAGACAAAUUAGAAAUGUCGAGCAGUAAAGAGGGAGGGGGCAUGGCGGCCCCUCCCAGCGCCGUGGCUGCUUUACCUGAUAAUAUAAAGUUUGUUAGUCCUGUAGCCGCCGCGCAGGGCAAAGAGAGUAAAUCCAAAUCCAAGCGUAGUAAAAACUCUAAGGAGAGCGUGAAGGCCCCCGUCUCAGACGGAGCCAAGAAGGAGGUGCAGGGUCGGACCCCAGGAGACCCGCCCCCCCAGAACCCUAACUCUACCCCCACUAAGGGAACUGACAAGUCCAGUAAACCCUCCAGAAACCUCCCCGCAGUGAAGAAGGACAAAGAUGUGGUGUCUGGGAAAUCUAAGAAGGAGAAAAUGGACGUAGGAGCCACAGGAGUGGUCAACACUGAGAAAGAGACUGUGGCCCCCAUCCUGCCACUGGGGGCCCCUCGUAGCGGUCCUUUCGAGGGCCAACAAAACCCGGAGUUGGCUGCUGCCGAGCAGCUCGGGAAUAUGGCUCUGGACUCUGCAGGGAUUGGCCAACCAGCAGACCCGGAGGAGGUGGACAACGGAGACUGCAGGAACCUGAAGAAGGUGGUCGGCGUGAAGAUGGAGUCGCCGGUCUCCACCCCCGCUCCUCCUCCUCUCCACCUCCUUGCUCCUGUCACCAACAGCGAAAUCUCGUCCCCCUGCGAGCAGAUCAUGGUCCGCACACGCUCAGUAGCAGUGAACACAGCGGACGCAGCGCUGGCCACGGAGCCGGAGUGCUUGGGACCCUGUGAGCCCGGGACAAGCGUCAACCUGGAGGGCAUCGUGUGGCAGGAGACCGAGGAUGGCAUGCUGGUCGUAAACGUCACCUGGAGGAAUAAGACGUAUGUUGGAACUCUGCUGGACUGUACGAGACAUGAUUGGGCACCGCCGAGGUUCUGUGAUUCUCCCACCAGUGAUGUGGAGAUGCGGAGCGGCCGCGGUCGGGGGAAGAGGAUGCGUCCCAGCAGCAACACGCCGCUGAACGACAACAGCAAUUCCUCCGACAACAAAGGCAGCGGCAGCAGCAAGACACGUGGCGCUGCGGCCAACAGCAAAGGGCGGCGGGGAAGCCAGACAACCGGCGCCGAGGACGUCAAGGCGAGCCCCUCCUCCACCAAGAGGAAGACCAAACCGGCCUCUGACAUGGAGCCCACCUCCAGCUCCGAGGACACCAAGGUGUCAAAGAGGAUGAGAACCAACUCCACCGGUGCCGCGCUCCCCAUCCCUGGAGGAAAAUCUGAGCCCCUCCCUCACCCACAGCUAGACCGGACCUGCCCCUCCCCCGUGCUCAUCGACUGCCCCCACCCCAACUGCAACAAGAAGUACAAGCACAUCAACGGGCUCAAGUACCACCAAGCCCGAGCCCACAAUGACCACGACGUACGGUUGGACCAGGACGCCGACAGCGAGUACGGGGACGACCCCGCCCUCCAUCCUGAUCCCGCCUCCUGCAAUGGUGCUGCUAUCUCCCCUGCCCGCUCUGCCACGCCAAAAGGGCGGGGUUUCGAUGCCCCAUCGCCCUCGCCAGGGAAGCUGAGGGGUAAGAAGAAGGCGGGGGAGCUGGAGAUAGAGGUGACGGAUGGCGGCGAAGAAGGGGUGUGUCUAACAGACGAGGCGAGCAAUGACGGUAUGGAUGACAGGAAGGCCAAGAAGACGGCGGCGGGGGGCAAACCUGAUAAACUGUCUCAGAAAGGUUUGAAGCAGACCCGCCCUGUAGCCCCCGCUGCCCCCGGCGCCCCCUCACCCUACGCCCUGCAGGCGUCCUCCCCCGCUCUGGGCUCUGUGGUACAGUCUGUCCCGAAGAGCCCCCAGAUGAAGAACAUCCAACCCAAAGCCCCGCCCCUGGCUGACCCCGCCUCCAGCCCCACCCUCUCCAAGGAAAAGAAGAAAAAGGAGAAGAAAAAGAGGGAGGGGCCAAAGGAGGAGGACAGCCCUAAGGCGGCAGGGAAGGAGGGGAGGAGCCCGUACUCAGAGGACGCUCUGCUGAACGGCGCCUCAGAGGCUCAUCAGAGCCGGCUCGCCAGCAUCAAGGCCGAGGCCGAUAAGGUGUAUAGCUUCUCUGACAAUGCCCCCAGCCCGUCGAUCGGCGGCAGCAGCAGGGCGGAGCCAGGCAUCGCGCCGCCACUCCACCUCAACCAGAACGGAGCCGACAACGCCUCUGUGAAAACCAGCAGCCCUGCCUACUCAGACAUCUCUGACGCAGGUGAAGACGGCGAAGGGAAAACAGAGGGCGUGAAGGUGAAGACGGAGCCGGAUCAGGCGCCACGGGAAGGCGCUAAGAAGGCGCUGUUCCCGCCGCAGCCGUCCAGCAAAGACUCGCCAUACUACCCCAACUAUGACUCAUACUACUCACCCAGCUACACCAACCCCAGCCCAGGGGCCGCUCCCACAGUCCCACCACACGGGGACGCCGCUCAGGUGAAGGUGAAAAGGGAGGAGGAGCCUGAAAUGGUGGAGGAGUCUAAACUUAAGGUGGAGCCUGCAGAAGAGAGGAAGGUGGAGCCUCAGCAGCCAUCAGUCAUCCAGCAGCGCUCCAACAUGUACGCCCAGCCCAUGUACUACAACCAGUACUACGUCCCCUCCUACUCGUACUCCCCCGACCAGGCCUACCACGCACACCUUCUCGCCUCUAACCCCGCCUAUCGCCAGCAGUACGAGGAGCGCCAACGCCAAGCUGACAAUAAGAAGGCGGAAGGAAAGGAACGGGAGGCCAGUGGGAAGGAAGAGUGGAAGCAGAAGGUGUCGGUUCCCCCCACGCUGACCAGGGCCCCCAGCCUCACCGACCUCACCUCUAAGGCGGGGCUGAACCCGGCAAAGUCCAAAGAGCCGCCGCCACCAUCAGAACAGGCCAAGUCUGUGAUCAUGGCAAAGGGAGAGGAGUCCAAAACCCCCACCGCCCAACCAGAGGGCCUGAAGAUGAAGCUGAGUGAAGCAGGGCAUCAUGGGAAAGAGGAGGGCAAGCCAGGGGCGGAGUCAGGCCGGCCAGGAGGUGUGGAGCCCGCCAUGUGGUACAGACAGGAACCAGACACUCGCUUAUGGCCCUACGUCUACCCCAACAAGUACUCUGAAGCUCCGAAACCUCAGGAGGAGGAGCGCUGGAAGGAUGAGCGGGAGAGGGAGCGAGAGAGGGAGAGGGAGCGAGACAGGAAGGGAAAGGAGGAGAGGCCAAGGCCGAAGGAGGGUCUGGUAAAAGAAGAGGUGAAGGAGGGGGCGGAGGGAAGGACUCAACUCCCUCCAGAGGAGCACCGAGGAGGAGGAGGGAAGGAAGCCAGACCCCCUCACAUGCAGUUCUCCUCCUCCUUGGCCCAGCACCAGGGCUACAUGCCCUACAUGCACGGACCGUACGCCUACAGCCACGGCUACGAGCCCAACCACCCCGGAUACAGAGGCAUGCCUUCGGUCAUGAUGCAGAACUACCCGGGCUCCUACCUGCCUCCUGGUUACUCCUUCCCCUCGUACGGAGGGAAGGUGGCAGCAGGGGAGGAGGGCGAGAAGGCCUCCAGGUCCAGUCCCACGGUGAAGCCGCCAGGUGAGGCCAAAGCCCUGGACCUGCUGCAGCAGCACGCCAGCCAGUACAAGAGCAAGUCCCCGUCCAUCCCCGAAUCCAAACCGCCACACGACCGAGAGAGAGAGCGAGAGAGAGACAGAGACAGGGAGCGGGACAGAGAAAGAGACAGAGAGAGAGAGGGCGACCGGCCACGAUCCUCCCCCUCACAACGCAUCCUACCCUCCCAUCAUCCCCUGGGGUACCCGCUGCUGUCGGGACAGUACGACCUGUCCUACGCCUCAGGUCUCUCCUCUUCAGCCAUCGUCGCCAGUCAGCAGGCGUCCGCCUCGUCCAUGUACCCGCCCUCACGGAGGCACACCUGAUUGGUCGGCCUUCAGCCUUCAGGAGUCAUGUGACCGGAUCACAUGAGGAAGCGUUUCUGUUUGAGCAUCAGUUCAAUGGUGUUUGUGUACGUUUGAUUUCCUGCCUGGACGUCCGGCCAGCUGCUCCGCCCCCUCACUGGACCGACCGCCGAGACCCCCGGAGGACAUCAGGCUCUCGAUCUACUGAUCCUACUGGUCCUACUGGUCCUACUGGUCCUACUGGUUACCAUGGUGCUGGGGAAGGCAGGCAGCACAGGCGUGGGCUCACAGACUGACGGCAGAGAGGAAGUAGGCGGAGUCACAGCAGGUUGAUUUGGACAUUUCUGGGUGGCGUCGAAGCGUUCUCCUUCAGCUGUGACAUCACCUCGCAGACUCCGCCCACAGCGACCUCAGAGCAGCAGGCGUCGUCUCUCUUUGACCUGGAAGUCUCUCAGCUUCACAGGACGUCACAAUCGCUGGGGCGGGAGGAGGACGGACCAAUCAGAGGGCAGCUUUGGGACUGAUGCGGCGUCCUCUGGCUCCUCCCCCUCAGUGUGUAGCUGUACUGUACUCGGUGUACGUGUGUGAGCGUGUGUGAGCGUGCGUGCGUGUAAAUACUGUACAGAGGAAUUAUUUUAAAGAGCCUGUUGGAUGCCGGUGGAUUUCCUACUCUUCUUUUUGUCUGGUAGCCUCUGCCUCUGUUUUUCUACUGUUGUUGAUCUGAUAUUAAACCUGUAGCUGGUGGAACGG